GCGAGUGUGACACAAGUCGGAGAAGAUGCCUCAAACAGCGCAAUCUCCCCAAGAUGAUCAGGAGAAGCUUCUUGAUGAGGCUCAACAUGUCGUCAAGAUGCAGUCUUUCCAGAUGAAAAGAUGCCUGGACAAAGGCAAGUUGAUGGAUGGUCUAAAGCAUGCGUCCAACAUGCUGGGAGAGCUACGCACCUCGAUGCUGUCUCCAAAAAGCUAUUAUGAGCUCUAUAUGCAGGUCUGUGAUGAGCUUAGAUACUUGGAGCAGUAUCUUCUUGAUGAAUACCAGAAAGGUCAUCGUAUAUCUGACCUCUACGAACUGGUACAGUACGCCGGAAACAUAGUACCAAGGCUAUACCUGCUCAUCACUGUAGGGAUUGUUUACAUCAAGACAAGCCAGCACUCUCGUAAAGACAUCAUGAAGGACCUGGUGGAGAUGUGCCGUGGAGUUCAACAUCCACUGCGAGGACUGUUCCUCAGGAACUACCUCCUACAAUGCACACGGAAUAUCUUGCCUGAUGGUACAAAAGAAGAGAAUGAGAAUGACUCGGGCACAGUUGAAGACUCCAUAGAUUUCAUCCUCCUGAACUUUGGAGAGAUGAACAAACUGUGGGUUCGAAUCCAGCACCAGGGACACUCGAGGGAGCGAGAGCGAAGAGAGAAGGAACGGAAGGAAUUGCGGAUCCUCGUCGGCACCAAUUUAGUCCGUAUCAGUCAAUUAGAGAAUGUAGACAUGAACAGAUACCUUAAGACAGUUCUUCCUGAUAUCUUAGAGCAGUGUGUGAGUUGUAGAGACAGCAUUGCCCAAGAGUAUCUGAUGGAGUGUAUUAUUCAGGUGUUUCCAGAUGAGUUCCAUCUUCAGACCCUGAGCCCGUUUCUAAAGGGAUGUGCCGAACUCAAUAACAGCGUCAACGUCAAGAAUAUUAUCAUCGCACUCAUCGAUAGGUUGGCCUUGUUUGCCUGUAGAGAUGACAGUGCUGGCAUUCCCUCAGAACUCAAACUGUUUGACAUCUUCUCAGAACAGAUUUCUGCUAUUAUACAGGCCCGACCUGACAUGCCGACAGAAGAUGUUGUGGAGUUACAAGUGUCCCUCAUUAACCUUGCCCUGAAGUGCUAUGAAGACAGAGUCGACUACAUCGAUAAGGUGCUCAACACAACGGUAGAGAUCUUCAAGAAGCUUGGCAUCGAACAUGGGUCACUAGCACACUCCAGCCCUGUUGCUAAGGAGCUGACCCGCAUGCUGAAGAUCCCUGUGGACACCUACAACAACAUCCUCACCCUCCUCAAGCUGGAGUACUUUGCACCUCUCUUUGAGUACCUUGACUAUACGGGACGCAAGAACAUGAGCCUUCACGUUGUGAACAGUGCGUUAGAUAACGGGAAUCUGGUCCUGCUAGCAGACCAAGCUGACAUCAUCCUGGGGAUGGUGGCACCACUCGUCAAGGAUCAACCUGAUCAACCGGAAGAGGAAGAUGCUGAUGAUUUUGCAGAGGAGCAAGGUUUGAUGGGAAGGUUCGUCAACUUACUACAGGCAGAAACGGCCGACCAGCAAGCCAUGAUGUUACGCACAGCUCAAAAGCAUUUCGGCACCGGUGGAGAGAAGCGAAUCAAGUUCACGUUACCGCCCCUUGUCUUUGCAGCCCAUCGCUUGGCCUACCAGUACAAAGACUUGGCAGAGGAGGAUGAGAAAUGGGAAGCCAAAUGUCGUAAGAUUCUACAGUUCAGCCAUCAGACGAUCUGCACCCUUUCCAAGGCGGAGUGUCCGGAGCUGUCUCUUCGUCUCUUCCUGCAGGGCGCCCUCGCAGCCGGCACCGUGGAGUUUGAAAACCAUGAGAUGGUGGCUUACGACUUCAUGUCACAGUGUUUUGCAUGUUUCGAAGAUGAGAUCUCCGACUCGAGAGCAAAGCUGGCAGCCAUCAGUCUCAUCAUAGCCACCCUCGAACAGAUAAGCUUCUUCGGUGAGGAGAACCACGAGCCGCUGCGAACGCAUUGCGCCCUCAUCGCCUCGAAGCUCCUCAAGAAACCCGACCAGUGUCGAGCGGUCGGGAUGGUGUCACAUCUCUUCUGGUCGGGGAAGACGCUGGAGAGCGAGGGAGAGGAGCUCAAGUUUUCCAAAAAUGUUGGUGAAUGUUUGAAGAAAGCCCUACGCAUUGCCAAGCAGUGUAUGGAUCCCACGGUGCAAGUACAGCUCUUUGUCGAGAUCUUCAAUCGGUACAUCUACUACUUUGAGAAAGGAAACGACCAGGUAACAGUUCAGAUCCUCAAUCAGCUGAUUGAGAAGAUUCGGGAGGACCUCCCAAAUCUUGAAGACAACGACGAGACGGAGCAAAUCAACAAGCACUUCACCAACACCCUGGAGCACGUCCGCAACAAGAUGGACUCGGGAGAGUCGGACGGACCCUCGUACGAGGGCAUGGUCUUGUGAAGAGACUCCUCUUCACUCACCUCUGGAAAAUAUUCACAUUAAAAAGUGACGAAUUUAACUUCCUUCCUUAUCCCCAUACCUGCCAACUGUUCAGGGGCUUAAGCACAAAAAGUAGCUUAGCACAACACAGGUUUGUCAACCAGAACAUGGUUACCAGCCAAACUACCAUGUCAAAUGUACAAUUUGUGACUGGUAUUCUGCUCAUUUCUGCUUAGCAGACAAUUAUUAAGCAACAUUUUCUGCUCAGAACCAGCUCUAUGAAAUUGGGCCCUGAUUAAACUGAAUCAGUUUGUGAGAUUACAGCCCACAUCAGAACAUUCGUAUUUCGGACAAUGACAGCAAAGAAUUUGUUUUAUCAAAUUCUGGCAAAAGAGGGUCCCUUCUUGUGACAGUAGAGAUUUCCUUAAGGGAUACAAUGCUUUGUGUACAUCGUUUGAAUACAUGUACAUACAUUACAUCAAUUGUAUGGGUACAUGUAAUUAGCUUUACUCACAUGACUUCUUGUGUCACUAUCUGGUCACUAAAAAAAACUGGCAUUCCUAUUUCUGAGGUUUUGAUGUUGGCAGGUAGGUAUCCCAGCAUCAAUUUCACUCUUUAUCCCUUCACUGUAUCUGAUUCAAAGGUCGGUACUGUGAAAUCUUCUUUCCAAGGUUUUUCUUUCUUCCUUUGAAUGUUGGUACUCUUUACCUGCAUUGCUAUGUCUCACUGUCUUAACCCUAAAGAGACCACAGCGGCCGGAAAAGGCUUGUACCAAAGUGCCCAUAGCGGCCGCAAACAGCUCUUAGAACUGACUUGUUUCACUCAAACAAAAAAUGUCAAAGUACAAUUCAUUUCCUGGAUAGCGUUUUUGAAAAUGAAAGGCUGAAGUUAAUGUUUUUUUAACUUUUUUUUUUUUUUUUUUCUCGAGAUAUUGCCUAACAUCUCAAGGCCAGACAGCCACUUCCAGGUGUGGGUAACACUUAACUGAUUUGGGCUGUCCACCCAAAAUUCACUGUCACCAGGGACAUGUUGCUACCUACUCCUAGGGCUGAAAACAGGCCUCUGAAACAGGCCUCAUUGGUUUUCAAAACAUGCUGAAACUCUAUCAGCAACUGGUUGUUUAGAGCAUGUUGUGAUGCAAUUUCCGCAGUUUCCAAAACAUCAACAAAAUGUUGCCCUAUCUUUUCUUGUUUUCCUUCUUUUUUGUUGUUGACACAAAACAAAAAACAAAACAACUUCUGAUGUGAAUAUUUUCCUGACAUUCUUUUCUUCUUCGUCUCGUCUCUUUGUCUCGAAAGCAAGGAUAUUAUAUUUGACACACUACAUCGUUGUGUUUCCUUGUAUAUGUAUAUAUGACAAUUUUUUUACAUAAUAUCUGUAUACAGGCAACAGUGAAGUCGCUCAAGUCACAUGACCUGACAAUCUGGAUUGUAUUGAGAACAAAAAUCUUAUUGUUUCAACUCUUUUAACAAUUAAAUGCUGUAAAAAGAUUAAAGUCACAUCAUGGCCCUUCUGAAACCAUUAGAAAGCUAUUGCGGAAAUGAUCUACCCAUGUGAAUAUCGCCGAAUAUGAUCGAGCAUUGUCCCAAAGCUCGGCAUUUAAUUGGCCGACCAGUUUUACCAAUGCUUAAUAAAGCCAUUUGUAACGGGCAGUUGAAGUCAAAGAUGAUAUGAAACCAUGCAAUGAUCAUGAACUGCACGUUUACCAGUUAACCACGUCAACUGAGUCCCACAAAAACACACAGAUUUUGUGUAAUUUUGGGCAACCAAAAGGCAACAAACUUAAAACACAAAGUUGAAACCAUAUUUCCACCGACUGUAGGUUGCCGAGAUGAGAGCAUACUUCAUGGCCGAAGUCAUUUAUAAAGGUUGAAUUCAAUCAAAUAAGCUCAAAAUUUGACUUCUACUAAAAAAAUGGCAUAAUUCACGAUGCCAUUUUUCCUAGCAGUGUGUAAUACAGGCUUUCGAUCAUCGCCCAAAUUAGGUCUACAUUGUUUAUUGAGCAUUGUUCAUGUUGAGCAUGUUCUUUGUACAUACAUUAGCAAAUGUCUGCAUACUUAAGAGUUUUGGGUCAUGGGGUACAUACAUGUAGGUAAACUGCAAUGCAAUUUAUAUCUGUGUAUAAGUAAGGCACAUGGUGGCAGUAUACUCAAAGGUUAAGCCACCACAGCAAAAAACAUCUCUAAACUGAAAGGAAAUCAUUCAAAUUCUUGGCUGAUAUGGUGGUUAUGCUUUUCUUUUUGCUUCAUAAGUGCCAGUCGUCGAUUUCACCAAACUCUUCCUAACUGAGAAUUAAUCUUAGGACU